CUCAAGCCCGCCGAGCUGCAAGUCCGCAGCUUGUCGAUAGUCGCUUCCAGCGAUGUGGCGAUGGUCCUAUGGCUUCCUUACACACAAUCGACGAUGUCGGCACUGCAGAGGCGCUUUCAGAUCGCUGUCACAGGGCACAUUGUCCACGUUCUCGCGACCGACUACAUCGAGAGCGACGCGCCGCCGUCAGGGCAGUGCCUCAGCGCCACGUCUGUCGUGCCGCUCGAUUUAUUUUUGAGUAACACUGCGUGGCCAAGGUUCCAAGCGGACCUCGAGGCGUACGUUCGCGCACCUGUAGCACUGGUCGACGUGACCAGCGACAGCUUUACGCUUUGUGCAUGGACCUCGCAUGCGGCGGCAGCGGCACUGACCGAGUACCUUUUGUCGCAAACGACGGGCCUUGCCUCCGUACAACCGACCCCAUCGAAUAUUUCGAUGGAAAUUGCACCGCCGACAGCGACCGAGGUCGACUGCCAAGGGUCGUUUUGUGUCGUCUUGCACUGGUCCGUGCCGAGCGCGCUGGUCCUGACGGCGCGGACCGAGCUCGCGCUAUCGACAACACUGGUCGACGCCAACGCCUCACACGUGCGCGACGGCGACACGUGGCUCUUGUCGACCACCGACGAUGACGCGACUAUGGGGUUUCGCUGCGUCUUGGCGUCGGCCAGCGGACCAAUCGAAUUGACCUGGGCAGCAGAAAGACUAUCAAGCGACGACGACAGCGCGUCAUCGGUGCUGACGCCAUUGACCCUGCCCGACAACUGGAGCGCGCACUUGUCGUCGUCCGAGUACCACGGCAGGUUUGUCCAAAUGACGAUUGCGCUGUCACCGCCAACGGACAAGGACGCGUGUGACGCGGCUUGCGUCGCGCUGGAUGCGUGCUUGGCCGCACUCGUCGACUGGCCGCUGCUGGCGGCCGACCUGCGCGCCAUGGACCCGAGCUCGCGCGCCGACCUCUCGGGCAUGUUUUCCUCUUGCGAUGCCGCGUCGUGGCACCAAUGGUACCUCUCCAAUGGGCACUCUGUCGGCGCCUCCGUUGCAUUUCUCUUGACGCCGGCGCAGCAGUCGCUCGACGUCUUGCAAGCGCCAGGAACACUCUUCGUGCAUUGCAAUGUCUGGGACGAAAAGUGGCCGCUGUAA